AUGAUGCGUUCCAAGAUGCUGCAUCUGGGUGGGCCACAGCUACAGAAGGUUUUCAGUACACUCGAGGGCACCGAAGAUUUCCCAUUAGUAUUGCUGGAGAAGCGUUGGUACGAUGUUGCAGUGGAGCGUUUGGAUGCAUAUUUCAAACCACGCAAACAAGACGUUCUAGAAAGGCAUCGACUUAGAAGCAUGAAACAGGGGCCUACCGAACGUUUUGCGCAUUAUGUGCUUCGUUUGCGCCAGCAAUUAAAGGACUGUGGACUGGAGAAGUACUCUCAGGAAGUUAGGAGUGUGUUGGAGGAAACAAUGUUGGUUGACGUUAUUGUAGAAGGCUGUAUUUCCCACGAGCUGCGACGAAAAAUUCUUGAAAAGGAUCAAUCGUUGUGCGAUAUCGAAGCACUCGGAGAAUCUAUUGAGAGCGUUCGUGUUCAAGAGCAGGAGUUCAAGAUUGAGAGGAAAGGAAAUGAAUCAGGAUAUGGCGAAGUUUCUAAAGUGCAAAACAUGAUGAAAUCAAGAAAGAAGCGUCGAGAGGAGCGAAUCGUUAACCGAUUUCCGUCAGUUGCUGCGAAUGUGAGCAAGGACAUGAGGAUGUGUUUUGCUUGUGGUCGACAGGGUCACUUGUCAAGAUCGCCUUUGUGUCCUGCGAAAGAUCAGGUCUGUCGACCAUGCAAGAAGCUAGGGCAUUUCGAGAAUGUCUGUCGUAAACAUCCUUCCGAUUCGAGUUCUUCAAUUCCUCCGAGGAAAGUGCAAAUAGUAGAAGACAUGCACAAUGGCAUUUCCGGUCCUAUGCAGCUGGAACCUCAACCAGUACCACGACCAGCAUCGCAACCAGCAUCGCAACCGGUACCCCAUCGCACUGCAGCUGAAAGGAAGGUGUACUAUACCUUUUAUGCUGGGAGCGAAACGAAUGUUUUUGGUUGUACGAUUGGGGGAGUGAAGACCGAGGUAUUCGUCGAUUCCGGAUCGGAUGUCAACUUAAUAACAUCGGAGACCUGGAAAAAACUUAAGGCCGAAAAAGUUGACGUAACCAAAUGCGAGAAAGGAAGCAGCAAGAUUUUGAAGGCGUAUGCGUCAAGCCAACCUCUGACAAUUUUGGGGACCUUCCAAGCGCUGAUUGAGCUCGGCCAACGAUCCAUCGAAGCAGAGUUUCUGGUGAUUCUCAAUGGACAGCGGAACUUGCUAGGCGAUACGACUUCGAAGCAGCUGGGGAUUUUGAAGAUUGGACUAGAGACAAACCGAGUAACAGAUGAUGAAGGGAAAUUCUCACCGUUUUCCAAGAUAUCCGGUACAAAAGUUCGCAUUUCUAUGGACCCAACGAUUACUCCAGUGUUCCAGCCACUACGACGUAUACCAAUCCCUCUGGAGGGAGCAGUUAAUGAUAAACUAGAUGAACUGCUGCGCAGAGACAUCAUCGAACCAAAAUGCGGACCAGCAACGUGGGUGUCGCCUUUGGUGGUGGCGAACAAAACGAACGGGACAAUUCGAUUGUGUGUUGAUCUACGUCGGGUCAACCAAGCUGUUAUCCGCGAAAGACAUCCUAUGCCAGUUAUUGAUGAUGUUUUGGCCAAAAUCGGUAAAGGAAAGGUCUGGAGUGUCCUUGACAUUAAGGAUGCGUUCUUUUUAUUGGAAUUAGAAGAAGAAUCGAGAGACAUUGUAACCUUUAUUACGCAUCGUGGGCUGUAUCGAUUCAAACGUCUACCGUUUGGUCUCGUAACGGCUCCGGAAAUAUUUCAGCGAAAAAUGGAUGAGAUUCUGGCUGAUUGCGAGGGCACAUAUUGGUAUUUGGACGAUGUCGGCGUAGAAGGAAGCUCUGUUGCAGAGCAUGAUUUGCGACUCAAGAAGGUAUUUGUUUAA